UAAACAUGGUGCAUAUUCCUCAUUUGAUUGUUGGUGCUGGACCGUAAUACAUUAUAAACUUUAUAGAGUUGGUCUCAUUUUGGGACAUUAUUUUAAGAGAUUUAACAUUCCUUUUCAAAUAUUCGAAAAGCAAUCCUUUUUAUCUGCACAUCCAUCAGCUCAUUAUCUAAAUAUGAGAACAAUGGAAGUACUACUAUCUAGUUGAUAUGUAGAUUCUAGAUGAAUUAAACAUCCAAUUACCAUUAGAAAAUAUCCAACAUUUCUCUAAUUAUGUUUAUUUGCGUAGAAUUGGAGAAUAACCAUUGAAUAGUACACGUUAAUUAAUAGAUUAUAAACAAUAUUCAUAUACCAGUUAUGCUCAUUUACCAUAAAGUCUAUUUGUCUAACAUGUCUAAUAGGGGAUAAGAGAUAAAAUUUAAUUAAACACAGAAAUUAAGAAAAUUGAAUUCAAGGAUAAAAUUAUCAAAGUUAAUGAUAAUAUAACAUGUGAUUACCUAUAUGGAUGUGAUGGAUUGAAUGGAUUUGUUAGGGAUUAUCUAAAAAUCAAAUUGAUAGGCAAUCGAGAUCUUUAAAGAUUUUUAAAUAUUCACUUCACAUCCAAGUAAUUAGUAAAUAGACUGGAAUAAUACAACUCAAUGUUGUCAUUCAUAUAUAAUUCAGAUAUUACAGCAGUCAUAAUCAAACAUAGAAUUGAAGAUGGCACCUUUGCCAUUCAAAUACCACUAGAUCUAUUGACUGGAUAAACAGACAUAUAAUAAGUUUAACACAUUAAGUAAGAUCAUGUAUUAAUUAAAAAUCUUAUAAAUAAAACAUUACUUAAUUAAGUAAAUGAUAUCGAAAUAAAGUCUGUUGGUUUUUGGAGAAUGGGUGCUGUCUACGCAGAAUAAUAUUAUAUGAAUAAUUGUGUUCUAGUUGGAGAUGCAUGUCAUGGAAUGCCUCCUGCUGGUGGAUUUGGAAUGAACACAGGAAUUCAAGAUGCUUAAAACUUAGCCUACAAAAUAAAAGAAUAAAAAGAUCUUUUGUAUUAUUAAUAAGAGAGACAGUAAAUAGCAUAAGAUAAUAUAGAGACUGCUUUGAAAUACUAUAAGAAGUCUCUUGAUAUAGCCAAAUCAUUUACAUUCGAUAUUAACAAGCUCAAAAUCUAUCAAAGUUUUAUGAAAAACACUCCAGAUUUUUUAUAUCAGGCUGGUGUGAAACUAGGAGGAUCUCUCAUAGAAUUGGAUCCAAUUUAUAAGAGAAUAUAAGUGAAUGAUUAUAUUCCAUUGGUAUUCCCUAAGGAGGAAAUAGGAUUCAAAUAUAAUUCAGGAGAUAUUGGAGAGAAUGGAGGUUAAUUGGCACCUUUAGCAGUAAGAGAGGUUUUAAAAAACAGGGAGCGAAAGUGGUACAGUAUAAAUUGUGAUUCUGAUCAUUAAAGAAUUGAUAUUGAGAAUGUGAAUAAGAUGAUUGUGAGAAGUGAUAUGCAUAUAUAUUAAUAAUGA